ACCCCUCAUUUCUAUUCUAUAAAAGGAAGACAAUGGAACAAGUAAAGAAACAAAUAGUAACAAGUACUUGAUCACUCUACAACUAUCUUCUUCUUCUUCUUCUUCUUUACUUUCUUCGUCCUCGAGAUUCACACACACAUAUAUAUAUAUAUAUAUAGAGAGAGAGAGAGAGAGAGAGCGAGAUGGGGUUGACGGGGAAGCUGAUCGCGGCAAUAGAGUUCAAGCACGGAGGGGACGUGUUCCACGGAAUUUUCACACAAACACCACAUGAAAUCGCAGACGCGAGUGUUCAUGUUCAUGGCUUUGAAUUGCACGAAGGCGAGCUCGGGAAGGUUGGAUCUGUCAUUUCUUGGCACUACACUCAUGAUGGAAAGAGGCAAGUGGCGAAACAGAUAAUUCAAAAAAUCGAUGAAGAGAACAAGGCGAUGGAGUUCAAGAUGAUAGGCGGAGAUCUAAUGGAACACUUCAAGAACUUUCUUAUUACAUUCCACAUCGAGACCAAGAACAACAUCGACUUGGUCACAUGGACACUCGACUACGAGAUGCUUCAUGAAGAUGUGGUGCACCCGACCACGUUCCUCGCCUACUUCAUCGACGUCACUAAGGACAUCGAGGCUCACCAUGACAAGAAAGCAUGAGUACAUUUGAUGGGGUUGAUGUUGUGAUCAUGAAUGUUUUAUGCAUCUUCAAAGGUUAAUGAUGUGAUAAUUAAUUUGUGAUGUUGUUGUUGUAUUUGGUGUUGUAAUAAGUCAGAGAGUACUUAGCAGCUUUGCUGUCUCUGUCUCUCCCAAUGUUGUGUUGUUAAUGUUUCUGCAUAUGUUUCUUUAAUUUUCUCAUGUGAAGUUUGUUUGAACUACUUGCUACUAUA